CUUGAAGUCAACUUGACAUGUUGCGCUUGCGUCAUGAGAAUGUGCAAUUGCGUCAAUCCAAAAAGGGCUAGCAUAAUUACCUACCAAGACAGUUCAAAUUCAUUCAGUGGUUUCAGCCUUGAGAGCCUUGAGUGUCUUUGACAUGCAGAGAUUCUCAAGCUGGUUUUGACCCGGCAGCCAUGUCAGCUGUUUCCAAAGUGAUUCAGCUGCUCCUUGUGGCGCGUUUGUGCUCACUUUCGAACGGGGGUCAGUUCAUUGAAAUUCAAGGGGUGUCCGACGCUCCUGGCACUCCUCUUGGCAGUCCCACUGGAGGCUCCAGCGCGGUAUCAUGCAAGAAUGCGUGCCUCCAAGAGGUUGAGUGUGACUGCGUGGUCUAUGAUCCCAUUCACAGCAGCUGCAAAAUGCAGAGUGAUUGCCUCUACUUUCAUCCGGAUUUUCAAGAAGGGGGGCCUUUGGAGCUGCACAUCAAGCUGCCCCAGCGUCUUCAGCACUUUUCAGUCUUCCCAGGCACCACAGCGAACUCGGACAGUCGGCUCAUUUCAGGGAAGGAGGCGGAUUCCUUCGGCACGGAGAUGGAGUGUGCUGACCGUUGUACCCAAAAUGCAGAAUGUCAAUGUGUGAUUAUCCAGUCCCAGGAAAGAUGGAGUUCAUCCAAGAACCAUUGCUGGAUGCGCUCCAAUUGCCAGCCAGGAACCUUCCAGCGUGACCAAUCGACCGUAACCAUUAUGACCCUGAUGAAGGACGCACCAGGUCAGGCUGGCUACCCCUUCAUCUCGGUGGAUGACGGAGUGGGAAGUGCACCAACCAGUGGAAGUGGCGGUAGUCCAGUGGGGAUCAUCAUUGCCGUGCUGCUGAUUCUGGCCCUCUUGGCAGCAGUCGCGCUGCUGGUCUUGUGUUACCUCCGGACCCAGAAGUGGCAGUAUCGAGCCAUUCUGCAAGACUUGUCAGUACCCAAGGAGGACGGCCCGAGGAAGGAAUAUGCAAAGGAGGAAUUGCAAAAAAGCUUUGACUCAAAGAAUGCGCUGACCUAUCUUGGCUCUUUGGAGUUGGCCUUGGAUGCAAAAUUGCAGAAGGAAGACAUCCCUUGUGUGUAUAGCAUACAGAAAGUUCCUGAGACAUUUCGCAUUCCCAAGGUAGAUGCUGCGAAGACCAGCCUCACCGUUCAGCUUUGCUUCAUUUUGGACUACACCGGAAGCAUGAAGACUCAGAUUUCUCAGACCAAAGACAGUGUCGCAAAAAUCGCUGAAGCCAUGCAAAAGCUUCAGAUCACUAGCAUGCCAAAUGCCAAGGUGGAGGUGGAGAUGACAGCGAUUGCUUACAACGAUUGGGACCCUGAUACCAAGAAGAAAGGGAGGCCAGUCGUGGCUGUCUUUGGGGGUCAGGAGAUCAAGAAUAUUGAUCAUGACGAGAGCCUGCCCAUUGAGAGCUUUGACUUGGGUGGAACUUGGACGAAGGAUGCGGCAACACUUGCGAAGUGGAUCAACCAAGAUUUGGGACAUGGUGGGAAGAUCCCGGAGGAGCUGACGGGUGGCUUGCUGGCCGCCUCGCACCUCGAGUGGACCGCCGAGGAGAAGCUAGCGAUCGUCAUCACCGAUGCUCCGUGCCAUGGCAAGGAGUACAGCACUGCAGAUCAUGACCCCUUCUGCAACAAGGAGACCGGUCUGACCUGUACCGGAAAGCCGGAAGUGCCUUUGCGCGGCUUGAUGGACAAGGGCGUCACGACCGUGAUUCUCCACACCGGUGAGUCGGAUGCCGAGACGAUGUGUCAAAAGCUCGCACAGACGGAUCCAAACCUGAUCUCCUACAAGGUGUCGGCCAGCGAUACGGCCAAGAAGGUGAUAGCUGUGCUCGAAGACAAGGUUCAAGUACAACCUCUCACCUAUGUGCUGAAGCCUCUGAGAUUAGAAGAUCAUCCGCCCCAGGGGCAACUCCUUUGCGAUUCCAUCCGAGUCUCGGACGUUGCCAGUGGACAUGAUCUUGAAGUGGCCGUGGGCAAGGAGAAAACCACUCACAGCAUUGGAGCAGACGGUUUGCUCUUCGUCGGGAAAUCCUCUCAGAAUCCGAUGAUCACCUUGUCGAGGCCUGUCGACAAGGAUCUGGAUGGCUGGUUUGAGGACAAGAGCCUUGAGGUGGAGUUGGAUCGCUACUAUACUCCAUCAAGGGUCUAUUCAGUCAAGAUGCCGCCAAAGACCGCCAAACCUGAGUGAGCUGGCCAUGGGGCAGUUCCAAUACUGAAAUCCGGCCAUGUGGUUUUGGUUGUUGACCCCACACCGAAGCAGAAAAAGGCAGAGCAAUGGAAAAUCUUCAACUGCUCAAGUCUCACCGGAUGAAGUCGUUCGCCUUGUCAUCCGCCCGAAUUCCAUGGAGGAACUGUACGGGUUGUGAUGCAAGUUUUGAUGAUGAGGUUUGGAUGAAUCAUCGAAAUGGGGAUUUAGGAGACCCUCAUCUUGAGAAACAUCUAUGGCUCAUUUUGUGAGUGUACUUGUUAGACUCAGGCCCCUGAAUCCCUAGGACAUGUUCGAGCACAAUGAUCAGCGAUGGCCAAGCCAUGCUGAUGAACGCACAUGCUACUGGUUGAAAAGCGAGACUCCUGAGAUGCAUGGACUAUGAUGUCACAAGUCUGAACUCUGCUAUUCAAUAGACUUUUGCUUUGCUGGACUCGCAGACACCGAUGUCUUCUUUCGAAGGAAUAUGCUACUCUUUCUACGUAACCUAAGGUGCCUACAUGGAUUGCCUCAUCCGCAAGCUGAGGCCUUUGCAGCGUCCAUAGAGAAUCAGAAGUUGCUGGAUUGGAAGUGGCAAAGGGUUGAAAAC